AAGAGUUUAGCAGCUUACAACCAGUUCCUAGAUGGUUGGGUUCAAGAUAUUAUGGCUUUUAAACCACUAGCAAAGGUUCUUCACUCUCAGUGGUUAGCAGAAAAGGUACUGCAGCCCUGGAUAAGUCGAGAUGGUAUUAUUCUAUCAGCCCACUGUUCUUGUACAGUUGAACUUGGAGAGUCCUGCACUCAUGUGGCAGCCACUUUAUUUAUGCUGGAAGCCAACACCAGACUAAAAGAGAGUAAGACAGUUAGUUACAGGUUGUCAUCUUACUGGAAAAAUCCAUCAGAGCUUAAAAAAGUUUUGCCAACUAAGGUUUCUGAGAUUGACAUCACCUCAUUAAAAAACAAAAAGUUAAAUUUGAUUCUCUUGUGAACAACAUCACUUCUAAAAAUAAAAAUUUAAAGGCUAUUAAAUGCAAAGAAACUAUAAAGCUUAGUAUAAAUAUUUUUAAUUCAUUUAUUGAAAGUAAUGAGACAACACCUUGAGUUGUUAUUCCAAUCAGAUAUUUUACUAUGUUGUGCUUAUAGGAUGGCUGCCUGGUCGUGCGGUUUGCGCGCUGGACUGUUGUUCGGAUUUAUCGACGGUCGAGGGUUAAACCCUACCCGCUCCCAUCCCCCGUCGUCCUGCGGGAGGUUUGGACUAGGAAGUAAACUAUCUUCAAUUCUGAAGGAACAUCCGAAACAUGUAAAACAUUUUACAAAUAUUUUUUUACAGGAAGAAUAGGUUUGUGCCUGUGCUUUAAUGCUGCUAGGUCUUUCAAUGAAAAUUUCAAAACAGUCAUUUAUUACUGUCACCUUCCUGCCAUAAGUACUAAUAAUUUCUUUGGGCCUGAGACUCUCCUUAUUGGGCCAGAAAAUCAAAUCGGACAUGUUGACAUACAUAACAUCCAAAACAGUAUAUGAAUAUCUUAGAUGCAGUUGUGGGAUGAAUUUUGAACAUAUCAGCUAAUACAUACGCAGGUUUACCUAGAAUAUUUGAAAUAAUGUGUGUUAAAAAAAAUAUUUUUUGUACAUUCAUAAUUAUAGUAGUUAAAUUAAAUUAUAUAUAUAAUUAUAUAAUAAUUAUAAUAUAAUUAUAUAUAUAUAUGUAAAUGUGAGACAGUGCAUUUUUUUUUAUACCUGUAUUAUAUCCAAGCUAUCCAAUGAGAAAUAUUUAUAUAAUUUAAUAUAUAGAUAUAUUUAUUCAAAUCAUA